GCGACAGGUCAUAACCGUGCAUCAGCACAGAUAAUCUAACGCAUGGCAGUUGGAUAAACCCAGCCCAAUGCCCAAACCCAACUCGAAGCGUGGCAUCUCCUCCCUCGUUUCAACUCCACAAAAUACAUACUGUAUUAUCAUUAUCCAGCAAUGAAUACUUUAACAAUGGCUUCAAUCCCCCCAACGUCCACCCAUUUCCCAAUACGACGCCGUUUCCAUCACCUCAAACCUCUCCACUUCCUCCGCCCCAAUCUCUCCAGAAGCGUCGUUUGCAACGCGGAGCCUUAUCUUAUCACAAAGCUCGAUUCUGCUGAAAAGACCUGGAGAGAGCUCUCUGUUAAGUUGGCAGAACCGGAUAUUGUUACAAAUCCAAGCGAGUACCAAAAGCUUGUCCAGUCUAUGGCAGAACUCGAAGAAGUUGUUAAUACGUACCAGAGAUUCAAGGAUUGCCAGAUGCAACUAGAACAAACGAAAGCUUUGGCCAAGGAGGAGGUCAGUGAUGCAGAUAUGGCUGAGAUGAUUGUUUCAGAAAUCGAAACUUUGUCAAGUCAAUUAAAAGAGCUCGAGGAGAACAUUAAGCAAUUGCUGAUUCCUACUGAUCCUCUUGAUGCGAGGAAUAUAUUGCUCGAAGUAAGGGCUGGCACGGGUGGUGAUGAAGCUGGCAUAUGGGCUGGUGAUCUUGUACGCAUGUACCAGAGGUACAGCGAAAGAAGCUCGUUAAAGUACUCCCCUGUAUCAUGUUCCGAGGCUGAGAAAGGAGGAUUCAAGACUUAUGUGAUGGAAAUAAAAGGAAAACGUGUUUAUAGCAAGUUGAAGUAUGAGUCUGGUGUUCAUCGGGUUCAACGAGUUCCUCAGACAGAGGCUCAAGGUCGUGUUCACACAUCUACUGCAACAGUGGCUAUCAUGCCAGAGGUCGACGAAGUUGAGAUUGUAAUUGAUCCAAAAGAUAUUGAACUUACAACUGCAAGAUCUGGUGGUGCUGGAGGGCAAAAUGUGAACAAGGUGGAGACAGCUGUAGAUCUUGUCCACAAACCAACUGGAAUAAGAAUUUUUUGCACAGAAGAAAGGAGUCAGCUUAAAAAUAAGAAUCGUGCCCUACAAUUAUUACGAGCAAAACUGUACGAGAUCAAAUUGAGGGAGCAGCAAGAAUCAAUAAGGAAUGAAAGAAAAUUACAGGUUGGUAGUGGUGCCCGUGCAGAGAAGAUCCGGACGUACAAUUAUAAGGACAACAGGGUUACCGAUCACCGGCUAAAGAUGAAUUUUGAGCUCACCUCAUUUCUUGAUGGGGAUAUCGAGACCGCUGUUCAGUCUUGCGCAACGAUGGAACAGAAGGAACUACUUGAAGAACUUGCGGAAUCUGCAGGUGCCCCUGCUAGAUGAUAUCUUGAUCGUUCCUGUACAUUCCAAUGCAUCAGUUAGGCUCAGUAUGGUGCCCCUGCUAGAUCCAUGGGCGUAAACUGUAAAGUUAUCAUAAUAGAAUAAAAAUCUUGUAAUGUAUAUUCUUUUGACAUUGUAUUGGACUUGCUCUAAUGAUUUUGAAUUUGAUAUC